UAAAAGUCUCGCGCCGUGUUGUACCGUGACAUGCAAUGGACAGGGCCCCGUCGUCACCGUGCAACCGAUGGUGGUCAACUGGGGUGAGGUCCGACUUCUUGAACCAGUUAAAAAGACAAUCACUUUAUUCAGCGACGCACCGAUCGUCGCGCAAUUCGUCGCAGCGCUUGGAUGAGGAUAUCAGUAUACCGAUAACGAUAGCGAAUAAGGGCACGAGGCAUCAUCGAUUGGUGUGGACUACUACAGAGGAAUCUCAAGUUCUCCAGAAAAGUGGGAAACACGAACAGCAACAUGACAAGUUCACCGUUGAUCCGCACAUCUUGGAAUUACCGCCUGGCACGAAUGCGAUCGUUCACUGCAGAAUACGCUGGCAAACGAAAGAAUCAAUCGCCGAACAGUGGUACCUUCAUGGUCAGAUAAAAGGAUACGGGAGAAGGGAGGUUUUGGCAACAAGUCUAUUUCGUGCAACGUUCAUUGAUCCGCACGUCAUAUUUAGUAAGCGGAAAUUGAUGUUCCGGUACGACAUGAGCGCAUCUGAAAAUGAGACUCAAAUAACAGAUGAACUAUUUGUAACGAACCGAUCACGACUGGACUUGAGGGCGUGGUUACAGAUCGAUCCUCCAUUCGAAAUACUGAUGGACGAUGAGGACGAUGGUCUUGCUAAUACGAAUAUAGAUCUCCGAGAUGACACCCCCAAUCGCAUCUGCGUGAGAUUCAACAUCCAAGCUAUGAAGCCAUUAAAUUUGUACUCCAGAAAAUUUAACGGAAUUUUGACAUUCCAGUACGAGAAUCAUCGUGCAAAGGAUAAAAUAAAGUGCAUCGCCGAAUUGAAUUAUCCUAACAUAUCCAUAUUACCGACCAAGUUAGCGGUUCUCAACAGCGAUUUCGGAUCUACCGCGUAUAAGAACCUUAUCCUUGCAAAUCCUGGGCAUCUGCCCGUUCGGUACUGUUUCGAGCACCUUGCCGAUGAUGAUGUUGGUAUUGCAUCUACCCGCUUCGAUCAUGUGCGAUGUUUACAAUCAACCGAAAGAAUAGCAGGAAAAUCGACUCUUCGAGAUUUUUCUUCAACCGAAGAACAAGGGGCGGAGCAAGAAGCGAAAAACGAAGAAGAUCCCGAAAACAGUGCGAGCAAUUACCUAUUUGAGCGAUUGGUCCCAGAAAUCACCAAGCUCGCGAUACCUUCAGCAAGAUCGGUCGAUGACUUGGUUUAUACGAUUGGCAGUACGAGUUCCACUACGGCGCAAGGAGACGAAUGGGAGAAAGAGAGGACUUUAGGGUCGAUACGUUUAUUAGACUCGAUUGAUACUGACAACAGUACCGAAAAAAAAGAUAAAGCACAGAGUUUGGCAUCUACUGAGGAAAGUGAUAUUCAAGACUUGAUAUUCGCCGUAAUAGAAAGAUACUUCCAUAAAGAUUCGGAGAUUUCAGCCCUCGAAGAUUCGCAAAAGGCCACGACAGAUUUUUCAUUGGAACGGCAGCUUAUCACGGAGAUGCUCGAAGUAGUACCAAGGGAAGGUAUUAUUUUACCGUAUUCAUCGCAAUACGGGUAUUUCGAAUUUAAUGCAUUGUCACGUGUUGGAUUCAACGCGAAAGUAGCCUGUCAUCUUUUGUCCGGCCCUACCGAGAUGAUAGAAGUGCAAGCCUUGUGCGAUACGAUUGGCUUUUCCAUUGACCCGACGAAAAUUGAUUUUCAUUACCAGUUACCCGGGAAGUCAUGCCGUGCGAGGUUAACUAUUGUCAAUCACGGCUUAGUUGGAUUCAAUUUCGCCACGUACCUCACACCGGCUCCUUCGUCAAACGUGGAAUCUCGUGAAUUAGUAAAAGGAACAGAGCAACGUGUUAACGUAGAUCGUUUGAAAGUGGAGCCAAGAUGCGGAUUAGUAAACCCCAUGUCAAGGUCCUAUCUCGAUAUUAUAUAUUACUCAGGGAUACCGGGGCGGAUUCGUGAAAAAUUCGAUUUGGAGAUCGCCUACCACCCUCCAGUUUCCAUUUGCAUCGAAGGCUACGUAUCGGCACCGCAGGUUUACUUGAAUAUACCGCGUGACAUGGUUUUCAGUAAACUGCCAGUCUAUAUAUGCUACCGAGCGAUCGCCGCCAUCACGACGGAAUUCUUGAACCAACUGAAAUCCACACGCCACACACCCCCAUUGACCGUCGAGAAAGGCUUGGCAAUCGACGAUCGCUCCCAGGGGUAUUCAUUGAUAUCGGAGAACGACAGACAACUACUCCCAGAAAAUGGGUGGGUGAUAAUCACUUGCGACGAAACGCUUCCUACUGCGGUGGACGUGGAAAUGGCUAUUGAAAGAUUGUUGUUCAUCGAAUACGUUCGUGAUAAUGCGCAAUUAUCAGAGAAAUACGACGAAUCCAUCAAGAAGAGAGACGCAUCGUCGCUGCUUGUUCCCGAAUAUGUAAUCGACAUGGGCCACGUCGUUGUAGAGCAGACAACUUGUUAUUCUACAUCCUUAUUUAACUAUGGACCGAUACCGGUAGACAUCCGCAUGAAGAAAUCAUUGAAUAAGUUUGGAAUUUACGUACUAUUUGACCAGGGGAAAACCUUACCGGUUGGCGAAUCCACUCCCCUGAACGUGACCUUUAAUCCUACGCGAUCCAAAUACACGGAGCAACAAACGGUCGUUGAGCAUACAAUUUACCUAGAGGUAAGCCACGGAUCCACGAUACCGAUUUCCAUCAAGGCCAUUGCUACGUAUCCUUGUCUCACUGUCCAGACAAAUUACCUAUCAUUUGGUCAAGUUGCCGUUGGAAAUUGCAUGCUGAUUCCCGUUUUACUGCGCAAUAGUGGUUGGGUACCGUGUGAAUGGCGAGCGAAAAUUCGUUAUAAGGAUAGUGGCCGAUGGAAGGAAGGAACAGGGGGACCUUUUUUUCUCCAUAACAGUGCAGAUACGUUCUUGCCGGGCAAUGAAAACGUGGUAAACGUAUACUUCAAGCCAAAAGAGCCUGUAAGUUUCCUUCAAUCAAGCUCUUACAAUUAGAAUUGAAUAAGCAACAGAAA